AUUUGUUUUCACAUCGAUCUGUUCUAUCGACGAAUCUGUGUACAUUGUCAGAGUGUCAAAGGAAAUGUUUUUGUUGAACACAAAUUUCAAUUAAUUUUCGAACGUACAGCUUGCAAUAAGAUCCACAAUGCACGGACGUUUAAAGGUUCGAACCAGUGAAGAGGAGGCGGCUCGAAAGAAAAAGGAGCAAGAGCUCAAAGUCAAAGCGUAUCGCCAAGGGAUGUUUAAAAUCAAAGAGAAACGGCUGCUAGACGAGUAUGACGACGAAUUGAUGCAAAUUCUGACGGCAAUUUUGUCCAAAAAUCCCGACAUAUUCACACUGUGGAACAUUCGUCGCGAAUGCAUUCAGCUGAUGGGCGACAAGGGACCGGAACUGUUUGAGAAAGAAUUGAAUUUGACGGAAAGCUGUUUGCUGGUCAAUCCGAAAUCGUAUUGUGCCUGGCAUCAUCGAUGUUGGGUGUUGGAACAUUCGCCCGAGCCGAAUUGGCAGCGAGAAGUCGAUGUCUGCACAAAGUAUCUGAAAAUGGACGAGAGGAAUUUUCAUGUGUGGGAUUAUCGACGUUAUAUCGUUGACAAGGCCAAGGUUCCACCGAGUAAAGAACUGGAAUUUUGCACGGAAAAAAUCCACAAAAAUUUCUCAAAUUACUCGUCGUGGCACUAUCGAAGCAAACUUCUGCCCGUACUGUAUUCACACCAAACGGACAACACCCGACCAAUAAACGAAACGAUUCUAAAAGAUGAAUUAGAAAUGGUGCUCACCGCAGCAUUUACCGAUCCGAAUGAUAGCAGUGCUUGGUUCUAUCAACGCUGGUUGCUGGGCUAUUCGCAACCGGAACUGGACAUAGCCGCCUUUAAAAUCACCAAAACCAAUGCAAUCAUUUCGUUCUCGUUGCCGGUCGAUUUACGCAACAACAACUGCAGCUUGUCGUUGGACGUGACGACAAAAUUUGAAUUGAAAAAUUGGAAGCCAAUCAAUUCGACGAAUCAGUAUGACACGAUUUGGAUACUGCACGACACGUUCGAGCUGAACAACAACAGUGAAAGUGAAUUCGAGCUGGAUUUUACCGACGAGAGCGGCAAGUCACAUCAAUUGAAAGUCAGAAAAACGACCGGCGGACUGUUCGGUAUCAAGUUGCCGAGAUUCGAGUAUGAAUUUGAACCGAGCGUGUUGGAGGAGCUGCAAGGGCAAUUGAAGUCUUGUCAGGAAUUAUUGGAAUACGAGCCGGAUAGUAAAUGGACACUACUGACAGCUGCCCUACUGAUGCGAGCCAUCGACCGCAAGCAAUAUCACUCGGUAACAUUAGACCAUCUACAAAAGUUGAUUGCAGCCGACCCAUUGAGGACCGGUUACUAUCUAGACAUGAGCAACAAGUGGAAUAUCGAAUUCGAAUUGACCGCAUGGAUCCAAGCGGAACAUACCGAAGAUUUCAUAGACUUAAGCGGCAUCGAUCUCGUUUCGUUGUUUUACGAACAAUAUUUGUGUGCUGCCGAUCAGAUCAUACUGAAGCGGCAGUUACCGAAACGGGAACAGAAUUUGGUUAAGUUGAAAGCCUUUGAUUCGUGCAAUUGUAUCGUUAAAUUUCUGACAAUGGAAAAGUAGUUGGUGGCCGGUGGUUUGUGGAUAUUGGGUGGUUAUUGUGAUCGAGCUAAUUUUCUGUAUUUCCGUAAAAUAAAAUUAUUGGUGAGCUAAUGCUAA